AUGUUUAGAAGAGUAGGUAUUUAUUUUUGUGCAGGAAACUCUAAGAGGUGAUUUGCAAGGAAAAACCCAGUGAUAACUAGCAUUAUGAAAAAUGAUCUUCCAAUUACUAAGCAAACAUAUAUUGAUUUCAAGGUUUUCACAGGAAACGAAAUUUUAUAUGCAUUGACAGAUUGCAAGAAACUUAAACCAGGAGAAAUAAGCCACGCCUUAUCAGAAUUAGGGAAGCGAAAAGGAGCUCCUGAAAAUUUUGACUGAAAUGCACAUCCAGCCAUAAAGGCGACCAUCGAGCGCACUAAAAGCCAAGCUCAUAAAUGGCCUUGCAAGAAUAUUACUUCCCUUGCUCAUGCCUACACAAGAUUAAAUAUCAAAGAUCCGACAUUAUGAUAUAUUCUUGAAAAGCACGUAAAAAGAAUUAUCACCGCAAUAGAACCUAUUGGGCUUGCAUUGUGUUUUAAUGCUUUUGCUGGAAAAGGAACUCCUGAGCUUUUUGAAGUCUUAGUAAAAGCUGUCCCUAAAAAUAUUAGAUUCAUGGAAAUGAAAGAUAUUUUGUCAAUGAUAAAAGGAAUCCAAAAAGCAAAUAUUCAAGCUGAUGAGCUCUUUACAGGUCAUAUUUAUCCUGAAAUCAAGGAAAAGAAAAAAUAUUGUUCAGUUUAUGAACUUAAUGAGAUGAUAUCUGUACUUAGCAAAAGGACAGAUUUUGCAGAUGAUCUUAAAAAUGAGCUUCAAAAUGAAAUAGGAAAAAAGAUGGAGACCAAGAGAGAUUUCAGCUUUGGAGGGAUUAAAAAAAAUAAUGAGUAA